AUGAAAACUGAACCAGAAGGAGCGGCCGAGGGCGUCCCUAAGAGACUUCCCGCGCCCCAACCCCACCCUGUUCCCCGGGUUACUGGCGUUCGUCGCCACGGCACGGAAAGCCUCCGCCGGUGCGCGGCCGCUCCGGGCCCACCUGGGUGGGAGAGGAGGCCGGGGCUCCUAACACUCCAGCGGCGCCCAGGCCUCUCGAGCGCGGCCGCCGCCUCGGCCUCAGGCCUCCGCUCCCACUUACGAGAGGCCGAGGCCCGGCGCGGCCUGACUCCCAAACCAAGCUUGUUACCUUGUGUGGGGUUAGGGACGGGGCGGCGGGAAGGGGUCGGGGCAAACGAUCCCAGUGGUGUUCGUGGCGGCUGGUGCCGCAGCAGGAAAAAUCUCGGCGGCGACAAGGACAACUCCGUCCGAAAAGGAAGAAUUGGGUCGGCGGUGAGGGGGAAGGGUGGAAAGCCGGACGCUGGAAAAGGAAGACUUAAGAGUGGCCACGGUCCCUACGGUCUCUUCUCAGCUGGCUCUAGAUUAAAGAUGAAUCUUCAUGUCCGAGGAGCUUGCCAGUCUUGCGGAGCACUGGGGAACUCAGCAGUGCCUGAGACCAGCGGCCGCCCUGAGCUAAACACGGCUGCACAGGGCCCUCUGGCCAAGUCAGCUCACCUCACCUCCUCUCAUCUCAUCUCAUCUAAGUCAGAAGUCAGCAUCCCACCCUUGACUCUGCUUUUAGAGAGAGUGGGGUGACUCUGGAGACAGGUGAGAUCCAUCAGGCAAGUAAGAGGGGGCCACAAAGGACAAGGGUAGAGAGCAGGUAAUCUGACAGCCUCAGGGAGAAAACAGGAAAGAGGGGCUCUCUUGGCUCCUUCUCUGGCUCUGUGGCCAAGCAGUUCUCGGCUCCCUCCUCCACACUCUUUGUUUCCAGGCAACUUGUUCCUCUACAGUCAAGUACCCAAAACCAUACUGACCCUCAGAUUUUGCUUUGUUUGACCAGUAACAGGUUUUAACAUAUUUUAAAUUUAAAUGCCUUAAAAGAACUCCUUUAGUUUUCUACAGUCCCCACCACUCCCUAUUGCUUUUCACUGGCCUGCUCCAUUACACUUUAUCUGACUCUGACCAUCAGCUGCUGGGUUGUCUAUUAACCUUUCACUUUCAUCACCUUAAUUCUCUCCCUUUCUCUCUGAAGUAAACAGCCUCAGGGAAUGACUCUUGGUCUUGAGUGGGUGCCCCUUUGCAUGCCUCCACCACUUCACUGGGCUCUCCUGGACCCCACUCUCCGUGUCUACUUUUCAUGUUCUCAAACAAGCUAUCCCCCUCAGAGUCCACACACAUUCUGGCCCCUCUUCCUCCCAUGCCCUCCAUCUCCUCCAAAUUGAUUCAUACUCAGCUGUCAGAGCUCAAAUGUCACUUCUUCGAGAAAGCCCUUCCUGCCUGCCUCAGACUAGCCUGGAUCCCAUCACACGCUCAGAACACCCUGCCUAUCUGCUUCAUAGCAUUUACUUCGACUGUCUUGCAAUAAUUACCAGUGCAAUUAACUAUUAAUUGCUGUCUGCCUUCCUCCCUGUCCUCCACCUCCUGACCUCCACCAUCUCCCAAACUUGAGCUCAGGGGGGGAAAGUUACUCUGUUUGCCUUGUUUAUAUCUCUACCUCCAGCUAGUGGAGCAAUCUGAGCGCUCAUUACAUUUUGAAGAGUGAGUGAGUAAAUAAGUGAAAGGGUGUCAUCAGGCUGAGAUGGCAAGGAGGGGAAUUUCAGGAGAAAGACGGCAUGAACGAGGGGUAAGGCAGUAGAGUGUGGGGCAUAUGAUGGCACCAUGCAGAGUCCGUCAUUCUUUAAUUGCGGCCCCCAUGCAUAAACCGCACUCCCCGAAGGCGCCUCAGUGAGCGGGAGGCUUCAUGCCACCAUUCUUUCCCUCACCACUGUGCCCACUGUGUGCAGGGGGAAGAGGGUUUCCCAGCUGGUACGGGCCCUUAUGCCUGUCCCCAGCAAGGCCCCUUUUGCACUCCCUCUGGCAAGCUCUCCUCUCCUUCACCAGCCUGUUUAAGCUCCUUACUCGACUCCCUUUUGAAAUGAAGGCCAUUUAGUGAGAUCUUCCUCCAUUUCUCUUUUCUCCAUCCCAACUCUGGCCCUUGGCAGCACUUACAUUUAGUUGUGUAAGAAGGGCAAUCUUCCCAGGACAAAUUUUUCUAAAUGUUCGUGGUUUUGUCUGAAUUGUUUUGUUUGAAGUUUAAAUAGAUCCAUUGAUUUUUCUGACCCAUUCAGGAACUUGUUAUUUUAAAUAAAAGAGGGAUGUGCUAA